AAGUGUGGGUGACGUAAAAUUUACGCGCCGUACCUGCAACGUCAUCUUCAGUCGACACUAACGCCGGUUGCUAAGCGAGUAGCUAAGCAAACGUUCAUAAUGUCGGCAGAAGAAAGUUGUCGGUUAUGCAGAACCAACCUGAUGGUGAAAGGAGUGAUAACAAACUCAAGAAACCUCUUCACUGUGAACUCCGUGGGAAACCCGUUGUCCCAGCGGUUCCACGAUGUUGGAGUCAUUUUACAAAAAAGACCCGGGGUGUUGUCUCGCAGGAUUUGUGGCAAAUGUUACCGAAAGUUAGUCAGGGUGGAAGAAGCUCUGAGAAAUUUGAAAAAGUGGCAACAGACGGCAGAAAUAGAGGCGACCAUAGAAAAGGACGUACAGAGGGCGGCACAACACCGACACACGACAGAGGACAAUGAUGGCAGCACAUCUAUAAUUUUAAGACACGUGGCCUCCCAAACUGACCCUACAGAGAGGAGAUCAAUCGGCACACAGCAGAAAAACGUCAAAAGCAGAGGUACCCAGGCAAAAAUACCCAGCAGAGAUUGUGGCGUUUGCACCCUCACCUAUCCCUUGGACAGUUCAGUACUGUUCCUGCAGCCAACAGUAGUAAAGAGAGCAUCCAAGAGACCUCGACUCAGCCUUACAGACGAGGAGGGAGGCCCUUCAGAAUGCAGCUCAUCUAUGGUGGAUCACAACCCAGACUAUUCAGCAUGACCUCCGAGGACUCACUGUCGUGGGUUAGCAGCUGUGUGUUUUGGAAGUCUCUUCAUGAAGAAGAGUGGGUGAAUGAUAGAUUAAUGAAUGGAACAAUUACAACAGCUGGGAACCUACAUUUUUAUGGUAUGGUCAUAGAAAACAGCGUCUGUGCAACAAUUUGUAACCUGUGUCCAACUGAUAUGGUGCUAUUCUACGAUUUUUGGUGUUAAGCUAGUUUUUUUCUUCACUUCCUGUGCAGCCAUUACUAUACAGACAGAUGUCCCUAUAGGAAUACUAUGCAGGAUUGUCAGUUACUGUGUGUAGACAUGCUUGCUGGCAAAAGUGAAAGUAAAAGCCAACCCCAGAUUCACUCUCAUUUGGCAUUUUGCCUCACUGCAAUUGCAUUUUUCUGCACUGUGUCUCUUGGAUGCCUGCUGCAGUCCACUUGAACGCUGUGGGGGUACACACCCAUAAAUGUCCCGAACACAGAAAGUACAGGCAGGCAGAGUCGCCACACACUCAUACGUCUAGUGGGCCACAAGUCAUGAUUGAGAAGGAUUAAUUCUGUUUGAGUCUAUACGUUGUUUUAUAGGAAAUUAGCAUUAGCAAGGCAUCAAACCCUCAGCUGCUCUUUAGGAACUAUUAGAUGUGCAAUAAUGGAAAACUGUCUCUAUCCAUACAGCACACUUCCUACUUUAAAGCAGGAACAUAUGUGGUGCCUUGUUAUGUACUGAAAUUUUUACAUAGGUUGUUGUUUUUUUCCUGUUCCUUGUCUAGAAUUUACACCACAAUCUUUCUGUAUACAUUGCAAUUUCACUUCUACAAAAACUAGACAGAGGCAGGGCGGAUGUUCGGACCACUAAAUCUCCAGAAAAGCCACAAAGAAAGAAACACGGCCAGAUAUUAGCCUCACAUUGGUGAAUCUGUUUUCACUGUUAGCAAUUCAGAAAAGCAAAAAUCUGUCAAAUGUAACUAUACUGUAAUGGCUCUAUACAGUCUCUCACCCUUACUGCUAAACUAGAGGUCAGUUUCAAUUCAGAUUUUUUAAAAAUUCCACCUCAGUGAAUAUCUGCCCACACUUCCCUAUUUUACACCGUGUCAAUCAGGAUGUGAUUCUGUGUACACAGCACUUUUACAAGAAAAGAGAGGGCAUUAAACCACAAAAUUAGGAUGAGAUACUUCCUAUUUUAAGUGUAUCUGUGUUUAGUGUUGUCAAAAAUAUCGAUUUAUCAAUACUCAUUCUGAAUAUUUGAAAAGGUUUCAAAACUCAUUUUCUGCAGUAUUGAUACACCAGUACCAGCUGUGCUUUCUUCUUCUUCUCUCUUAACAUUAUUGUUUACUACAGUCAAGAGAAGUAGUUUUGCUGUUAUAGCCUUGUUCUCUUUUAACUAAAAAUGUAACUUGUAUGCCCUCAAUAUCAGUUUUUCCCCAUGGUUUUUAAAAAUGGUAUUUACUAUUGAUAUUUUUCAGGAUAUUGUAUCAAAGUUAGAGGCUCCAGUUGUUAUACGAUGAAUUUUCACUUUGCUUAAUCAUCGUAUCAUGAACAUUUGCUGCUAGCUGCAGACAGACAGACAUUGAUUGAACUGACCUG